AGUAGGCCGGAGCCAAAGAAGGAGAUAAAAGAAACUAUCAACAGCUCCUUUUGUAGUAAAUAUAACAAAAUUCCCAUCAUCCAGAUUACGAUGAAGAUUCCAUCAGUUUCUGUGAUUCUAAGUGCGGCAUUUUUGUGUUAUAUAGGACAUUCUAUUUACACCUUGGUGAAAUUGUUCAGAGCACCUGUGUGUAGCCAAACUCCAUGUUUUAAGUCAUACCUUGCGUCCAAUCCUAAGCUCCAACUGGCUCUGUUUACGUCUACAACAAAUAAUCCCAUUAGUAGCGAAGUGACAAAACUAGCAUCAAUUAAACGGUUUGAUUACUACAACGAGUAUAAAAGAAACGGAAACAUUUCAAUCAAAUUUCACUGGCAGAAAAACCAGUUACACAUGUUCGCACAAAAGUUUUUCUCAGCAUACUAACAGAUCAUUUCCAAAUGUCAGUAGUAGACAUUCCACCGGAAUUAGCUAGGCAUAUUCGAGUCAACUAUAAAAACGAGUUUCUGCCCAUCUUGCAAGUAGAUUUUUCGAAAUCCCGCCAGGCCGAUUUACUAGAAAUAAAUUCAGAGAGUAACAAUUUCACAUUUGAAUUCAACUACACGCCAAUGGGAGUUGGCAAGCUCAAACUUCUAGCACACGUGGAACAAGCAUUUCUGGCCCUACAAAAGAUGGGAUUCUCUAGUAAAGAUUUGGACGAUGUGAAAGGAAUGUUUUCUGAUACUAAUUUAUAUUUGCUGUGCGGAACACUUUUUGUUGGCAGUGUUCAUAUGCUGUUUGAUUUCUUGGCGUUUAAGAAUGAUGUGUUAUUUUGGCGUCGCAAGAAAAGUUACGCCGGACUUUCAGCCCGAUCAAUACUUUGGUGUGCAUUCAGCCAAAUUGUUAUAUUCCUGUAUCUACUUGAUUCCGAUACAUCGUUGAUUGUCUUGAUUCCAGCCGGAAUAGGCACCGUAAUUGAGUUGUGGAAGGCAAAAAAGAUCUUUCGUUUGAGAAUAGGAUGGUCCGGUGAAAAAUAUGAACCACUUAUCGACCAAUCGAGCCAGGUCUCUAAGGCUGAGAGUGCUACAAGACUCUUUGAUAAACAAGCAAUGAAAUAUCUCAGCUAUUUAUUGUAUCCACUUUGCGUAUGUGGAGCAAUUUAUUCCCUCAUAUAUCAACCGCAUAAAAGCUGGUACUCGUGGACAAUCAAUUCGCUGGUCAACGGAGUUUAUGCUUUCGGAUUUUUAUUCAUGCUACCACAACUGUUCAUCAACUAUAAACUUAAAUCAGUUGCAACACUGCCUUGGCGGGCUUUGAUGUACAAAGCCUUUAACACAUUUAUAGAUGACAUUUUUGCAUUUAUCAUCACAAUGCCUACAUCACACCGAAUCGCUUGCUUCAGGGACGACCUAGUGUUUGUAAUUUAUCUCUAUCAAAGAUGGUUAUACCCCGUUGAUAAAUCAAGGCUUGACGAUGGAACAUCUGUAUAUGAUCAUGCGAACGACACUGGCUCAACCGAAGAUAUUCCAACGAACAAGAAAGAUAACUAGAGUGGUCAAUCCGUCCAUGGAGAGCAACGAAACAUUCCUAAUAAAAAAUAUUCAACAAGAUUAGAUAACCUAAUAUGCUGGGAUGGUUUUGAGGUUUCAAACAAAGAGACAAGAAAACCCCGAUUUAUUCUGCCUAUGGUGAACAGAAUCCUUACAUUUCAUUAAAAUUAUUUUUGUAUGAUUCCUAUUUAACAAAUAUUUAUUUUGUGUGA